AUGGAUGAGCCCGUAGUUGUUAUAGGUGUUCCUGUUGUCGACAUGGAUGAACCAGAAGUUGUUAUCGAUGAUCCUGAAGUUGUCAAUGGUGUGCCCGUUGUCGACAUGGAUGAUCCAGUAUUUGUUAUGGGUGCUCCUGUUGUUGACAUGGAUGAACCUGUAGUUGUUAUGGGUGUUCCUGUUGUCGACAUGGAUGAACCAGUAUUUGUUAAGAGUAUUCCUGUUGUCGACAUAGAUGAACCAGUAUUUGUUAUUGGUGUUCCUGUUGUCGACAUGGAUGAACCAGUUGUUGUAAUUGGUGUCCCCGUUGUCGACAUGGAUGAGCCCGUAGUUGUUAUCGUUCCUGUUGUCGACAUGGAUGAACCAGUUGUUGUAAUUGGUGUUCCCGUUGUGGACAUGGAUGAGCCCGUAGUUGUUAUCGGUGUUCCUGUUGUCGACAUGGAUGAACUAGUAGUUGUUAUAGGUGUUCCUGUUGUCGACAUGGAUGAUCCAGAAGUUGUUAUGGUUCCCGUUGUUGACAUGGAUGAACCAGUGGUUGUUAUAGGUGAUCCUGUUGUCGACAUGGAUGAACCCGUAGUUGUUAUAGGUGUUCCUGUUGUCGACAUAGAUAAUCCUGAAGUUGUCAAUGGUGUGCCCGUUGUCGACAUGGAUGAACCAGUAUUUGUUAUGGGUGUUCCUGUUGUUGACAUGGAUGAACCAAGUGUUCCUGUUGUCGACAUAGAUGAACCAGUAAUUGUUAUUGAUGUUCCUGUUGUCGACAUGGAUGAACCAGUAGUUGUUAUGGGUGUUCCCGUUGUCGACAUAGAUGAGCCCGUAGUUGUUAUCGGUGUUCCUGUUGUCGACAUGGAUGAACUAGUAGUUGUUAUAGGUGUUCCUGUUGUCGACAUGGAUGAACCAGAAGUUGUUAUCGAUGAACCCGUAAUUGUUAAGGGUGUUCCUGUUGUCGAUAUGGAUGAAACAGUUGUUGUAAUUGGUGUUCCCGUUGUCGACAUUGAUGAGCCCGUAGUUGUUAUCGGUGUUCCUGUUGUCGACAUGGAUGAAGUAGUAGUUGUUAUAGGUGUUCCUGUUGUCGACAUGGAUGAACCAGUAGUUGUAAUUGGUGUUCCCGUUGUCGACAUGGAUGAGCCCGUAGUUGGUAUGGGCGUUCCUGUUGUCGACAUAGAUGAACCAGAAGUUGUUAUGGGUGUUCCUGUUGUGGAUAUAGAUGAUCCUGAAGUUGUCAAUGGUGUGCCCGUUGUCGAUAUGGAUGAACCAGUAGUUGUUAUAUGUGUUCCCGUUGUCGACACAGAUGAACCCGUAAUUGUUAUGGGUGUUCCUGUUGUGGACAUAGAUGAUCCUGAAGUUGUCAAUUGUGUGCCCGUUGUCGAUAUGGAUGAACCAGUUGUUGCAAUUGGUGUUCCCGUUGUCGACAUGGAUGAACCAGUAGUUGCUUUAGGUGUUCCCGUUGUCGACAUGGAUGAACUAGUUGUUGUUAUUGGUGGUCCUGUUGACGACAUGGAUGGACCAGUAUUUGUUAAGGGUGUUCCCGUUGUCGACAUAGAUGAACCAGAAGUUGUUAUGGGUGUUCCCGUUCUCGACAUAGAUGAACCAGUAGUUGUAAUUGGUGAUCCCGUUGUCGACAUGGAUGAGCCCGUAGUUGUUAUGGGCGUUCCUGUUGUCGACAUGGAUGAACCAGUAGUUGUUAUCGAUGAACCAGUAGUUGUUAUGGGUGUUCCCGUAGUCGACAUGGAUGACCCCGUAGUUGGUAUGGACGUUCCUGUUGUCGACAUGGAUGAACCAGAAGUUGUUAUGGGUGUUCCUGUUUUGGACAUAGAUGAUCCUGAAGUUGUCAAUGGUGUGCCCGUUGUCGAUAUGGAUGAACCAGUAGUUGUUAUAUGUGUUCCCGUUGUCGACACAGAUGAACCCGUAAUUGUUAUGGGUGUUCCUGUUGUGGACAUAGAUGAUCCUGAAGUUGUCAAUUGUGUGCCCGUUGUCGAUAUGGAUGAACCAGUAGUUGCUUUAGGUGUUCCCGUUGUCGACAUGGAUGAACUAGUUGUUGUUAUUGGUGGUCCUGUUGACGACAUGGAUGGACCACUAGUUGUUAUGGGUGUUCCCGUUGUCGACAUAGAUGAACCAGAAGUUGUUAUGGGUGUUCCCGUUCUCGACAUAGAUGAACCAGUAGUUGUAAUUGGUGAUCCCGUUGUCGACAUGGAUGAGCCCGUAGUUGUUAUAGGUGUUCCUGUUGUCGACAUAGAUGAUCCUGAAGUUGUCAAGGGUGUGCCCGUUGUCGACAUGGAUGAACCAGUCAUUGUUAUGGGUUCUCCUGUUGUUGACAUGGAUGAACCAAGUGUUCCUGUUGUCGACAUAGAUGAACCAGUAAUUGUUAUUGAUGUUCCUGUUGUCGACAUGGAUGAACCAGUUGUUGUAAUUGGUGUUCCCGUUGUCGACAUGGAUGAGCCCGUAGUUGUUAUCGGUGUUCCUGUUGUCGACAUGGAUGAACUAGUAGUUGUUAUAGGUGUUCCUGUUGUCGACAUGGAUGAACCAGAAGUUGUUAUCGAUGAACCAGUAUUUGUUAUUGGUGUUCCUGUUGUCGACAUGGAUGAACCAGUUGUUGUAAUUGGUGUCCCCGUUGUCGACAUGGAUGAGCCCGUAGUUGUUAUCGGUGUUCCUGUUGUCGACAUGGAUGAACCAAUGAACCAGUAUUUGUUAUUGGUGUUCCUGUUGUCGACAUGGAUGAACCAGUUGUUGUAA